ACACUUUCUCCCGAUUUCUUAACUUUCGGGCCCGCGGAGCAGGAGUAAAGGCGCUGUGCCGGGGCGGAGACCCGGCUGCGGGCUUGCGGCGGCUGCGCGCCCGUGGACUUCCCGCCUGCGCCGGGCGGCCGGCCUCUCGGGCCAAGUGGGGAGCGGGCGGCGGGCGGGCAGGUGGCCCCGGGCCGCCGCGCCCGCGCCUUGGCUCUGCCCCCGGGAGCCGAGCGAGCCGCUGUUCCCUCGUGGUGUGAGGGCGGUGAUGUUUUUCCUCCCACCCACUUUGGAGUCCCCCCUCCCCCUUCGCGCGCACUCUAGCUCUCGCCACAACCUGCGAGCCCCAGACCUCGGAGGAGCGCCCCGGGGAGCUCGGAGCGCGUGCACGCGUGGAAGACGGAGCAGGCCAGUGGCCAGCAGCUUGAAUACACCGGGCCCUGAAAGUUUUGAGCAGCCUUUUGCAGCGGUGAAGAUGAGAAAAAAGUGGAAAAUGGGAGGCAUGAAAUAUAUCUUCUCCUUGUUGCUGUUCUUUCUUUUCCUAGAAGGAAGCAAAACAGAACAAGUAAAACAUUCAGAGACAUACUGUGUGUUUCAAGACAAGAAGUACAGAGUGGGCGAGAGAUGGCAUCCUUACCUGGAACCUUAUGGGUUGGUUUACUGUGUCAACUGCAUCUGCUCAGAGAAUGGGAAUGUGCUCUGCAGCCGAGUCAGAUGUCCAAGCCUCCAUUGCCUGUCCCCUGUGCAUAUUCCUCAUCUGUGCUGCCCACGCUGCCCAGAAGACUCCCUACCCCCGGCAAACAAUAAGGUGACCAGCAAGUCGUGUGAGUACAACGGGACCACUUACCAACACGGUGAGCUGUUCGUGGCUGAAGGGCUCUUUCAGAACCGGCAACCCAAUCAGUGCACCCAGUGCAGCUGUUCGGAGGGGAAUGUGUACUGCGGUCUCAAGACGUGCCCCAAGUUAACCUGUGCGUUCCCAGUCUCUGUUCCGGAUUCCUGUUGCCGGGUGUGCAGAGGGGAUGGAGAAUUGUCGUGGGAACAUUCUGAUGGUGAUAUCUUCCGGCAACCUGCCAACAGAGAAGCAAGACAUUCCUACCACCGCUCUCAUUACGACCCUCCACCAAGCCGACAGGCUGGAGGUCUGCCCCGCUUUCCUGGGGCCAGAAGCCACCGAGGAGCUCUUAUGGAUUCCCAGCAAGCAUCGGGCACCAUUGUGCAGAUUGUCAUCAACAACAAACACAAGCACGGACAAGUCUGUGUUUCCAAUGGAAAGACCUACUCCCAUGGCGAGUCCUGGCACCCAAACCUCCGGGCAUUUGGCAUUGUGGAGUGUGUGCUGUGCACUUGUAAUGUCACCAAGCAAGAGUGUAAGAAAAUCCACUGCCCCAAUCGAUACCCCUGCAAGUAUCCUCAAAAAAUAGAUGGAAAGUGCUGCAAGGUGUGUCCAGGUAAAAAGGCAAAAGAAGAACUUCCCGGCCAAAACUUUGACAGCAAGGGCUACUUUUGUGGAGAAGAAACAAUGCCCGUGUAUGAGUCUGUGUUCAUGGAGGAUGGGGAGACCACCAGAAAAAUAGCCCUGGAGACAGAGAGACCACCUCAGGUAGAGGUCCACGUUUGGACCAUACGAAAGGGCAUUCUCCAGCACUUCCAUAUUGAGAAGAUCUCCAAAAGGAUGUUUGAGGAACUCCAUCACUUCAAGCUGGUGACCAGGACGACCCUGAGCCAGUGGAAGAUAUUCACCGAAGGAGAAGCUCAGAUCAGCCAGAUGUGUUCAAGUCGUGUGUGCAGAACAGAGCUUGAAGAUUUGGUCAAGGUUUUGUACCUGGAGAGGUCUGAAAAGGGCCACUGUUAGAGAAGACAGACAGUAUUGGAGAGGGUAAAGCAAGAAAACUCAAGCUGCAGCUGGACUGCGGGCUGAUUUUGCUUAAGUCAACAGUACCCUAAAACCCCAAACUCAAAUGCAGUUCAUUAUUCACGCCAUGCACCGCAUAACUUGCUCCUUUAUGUGGAGUGGUGUGUCAGUCCUUAAACACCUCCUGCAAAGGGACUAGAAGAGUCUUGAAUUAUUUGUGGGAGGAGGAGGGCUAGAACACCACAACACUGCUCUAGUUUCUGGGAGAAUCACAUUUCUUCACAGGUUAAAGAGUAAACAAAACCCUAGGGUUUCUAUCUAGAAAGUUACUCCAAUGAAAGGAAACAGAUGAGAAUUUGCUUAGUAGGAGUUGUGUAGUACGGAGAAAAUAUGUGUAUGAAAUUAUACUCUUUGAAUUUUAGGAUGUCUUGUGUUUUUAAGAAAAUAUUAACUCCCCAUCCUCAUCCACACACACACACACACGCCUGUGUGCAAGCAUGCACGUGUACGUGCGCGCGCGCACGCACACACACACACACACACACACACACACUAAACUGCCGCCUUCCUUCUGAGGCAAAGCCAGCAUAGACUCUCCCCUCCUUUCCCUCGCCUGGCUCCCAAGUAGCUCUGAAGUUGUGGGUACCCAGGAGGAUAAAGAAGGAAUUGUGAGCAGAAGGUCAGUGGUGUGGUUGCUGAAGUCACCAACUAUGGUGGCAGGGUGAAGAAUAAGAACACCAUUUCAUGGCCACAUUCACUUUGAAGCCAUAAAUAACUUUUCCCUAGUGAUGCCACUUCUCUUUUCUCCCUGAGCCUGUGGGGCCCCCGUAAGGAAGUUAGAACUGAGUAAAAUCUUCAGAAACUGAAUCCACUGAAGACAAAAUAAUUGUCGAAGAAAAUGGUGGAUGGAAGUCAACAAGGAAACCUUAUGUGUUUUCAAGUCAAUAAGAGUCACCAACAAAUAGCUCAAUACUCACUGAUUUUCUUGAUAGCCAGAGUUCUGUAGUCCAAAAAUUUAGGUUAAAUGAUUACAUUCUAGAAGCUUCUUAAAAGGGCAGUUUUCCUUCUCCUCCAAUUACAGGAGUUCAUUUUGACUUUGCAAAGGGGCUCAGUCCCCACAAGCUUCUGAAGGUUGGCUGUUCAGUUGGGAGAAUUGUUGCUCAUAUGGGGAAGUGGACGUUCUGAUAAGGAUCUUUGUUCUAAACUUUCCUACCGUUCUCAUCUCAUCCACCAAGCGGGGAUUUACUGUCUAUUCACAGCUCGAUACCAGAGCAGAACUUACCGUUCUGAGGCCUGGCUUUAGACAUCAUCUUUGUGGCAAAACUAUAAAUUCUCCACAAGGAUCUCAAGCCUGCCUUCUAGAGUCAUCCCUUCUGAGGGGCUUGAAUGAACUCUAAUGAGUACUCAGAAGUAUCAAGGACGCAGACAUCCUGUAUUUCCCACUCCAUGACCAUAGGAGAGAGGAACAUUAUUUUCCUUACAAGUCAAUGACACCAAUAGGGAAAAAUGUAAAAAUCUUUAUGGCGACCUGGCAUAAUGGAGUCUGUUCUCCUAAAAGAGAUAUAGGGGCGCCUCCUGGCCAGGCCUUCACCGGACAAGCCUCGUACCAAUGCUUCAUACAUACUCUCCACAGGAAAGGGAGGGAGGACAUCCAGGGCCGGGAGGCCAGAGAGCAUUAUUGGGGACGAGGCUGCUAAGUAUCUGCGGCCUCCCUCCCAGAGGUGGCAGCAUUUCCAUAGUGUGGAAACAAGUAACUGGAUCCUCAAGCCAAGUGGUGAUUUCCCCUUCUGGAUGACUCACCCCAAAGCCUUCCCACCCAGGUGUUCUCUGAACGCGCAACCAUAAGGGAACACCCAGAGAGCUUCCCUAGAUAGACGUCUGCCCCCAGGUGCUGGGACACACCUUUCCAAAGUGCUGUGUGAAGCCGGGGCUGGGGAGCUGUGCUAGGCCAACGGAGAAACCUUCCAGUGUUCUGUGUGGUAUAGGCAGUGGGGCAUGGGGAGAAGAGGCAGAGUCCCCUGUAGUUAGGAGGGGAAUGGAUGUGGUUCUUCUUGUGUAUUUAUUUGUAUCAUAAACACCCGGACCAACAAAGACCAUAAGCACCAUUUAGCAGUUAUAGCCAUGUUCUAGUUAACUCGUGUAAACAAGUAAGAGUAAACUUAAAGUAACAGUAUUAGCCUUUUGUUCUUCUUACAGGACAUGUACCUAAAUAGGGUACUUAUUUAUGUAGUCACUGUAUUUCUGGAUUUUUAAGUUAAUAAAACAGUUAAUUUUGAAAAAUCA